AAAAAUUAAGGAAAAAUCCCGAAUCUCAAUUUCUGGUUCAAGCCUAAACCACCAGAUCCCUGAUCUUAUUGUGGGCUAUAAAAUCAUAAAAGUAAAUUUCCCCAUCGCAAGCAAAAGCCAAUCGACUUCUCAAACAGAUAGAAAAUGGCGUCAAUUUUGGGGAAAUUUUUGUUUCCAAGUCCUUCGAAUUUGCUGAUUUCAGUGAUGUCUGUUGUGAGCGUAGUGUCAUUAGCGAGUACUGGAUUCAAAGAGAUUAGAGGAAAGCACCUUCACUAUUCAAAAUUCUGGAAUGUUAACUACUCUGUUUCUAACAAAAUCAAACUUUCCAGUAGAAAUGGGAUGUUCUUGCUUUAUACUCCUGCUUUUCUUGCUGGUUUUGCCUCCUUUUGGCUUUUCCCCGAUGAAGGUCUUAGGUUUUUCUAUGUCAAAUCUGCUCUUACCAUUCAUUUCUUCAAGAGAAUAUUUGAGGUGCUAUUCAUUCACAAAUAUAGUGCUUCUAUGAUUCUUGAUAGCGCAAUUCCUGUUACUCUUAGUUAUUUCAUAUCUACUGUAACAAUGAUCUAUGCUCAGCACCUAACACAAGGAUAUCCUGAACCACCAAUUGAAUUGACUUAUCCUGGGAUUGUGCUCUUUCUUAUAGGAAUCAUUGGUAACUUCUAUCACCAUUACCUCCUUUCCAAGCUGAGAAGCAAGAAUGAUAAGGAAUAUAAGAUUCCUAGGGGUGGUUUAUUUGAUCUAGUGACAUGUCCUCACUAUUUGUUUGAGAUUUUAGGUUUCUGGGGAGUUUCUUUCAUUUCACAAACUUUGUAUUCCUUUUCUUUUGCUUUUGGAACCACAAUAUACUUGUUGGGAAGGAGUUAUGCCACUAGGAGAUGGUACCUUUCCAAGUUUGAAGAUUUUCCCAAGAAUGUAAAAGCCCUCGUUCCAUUUGUUUUCUGAUGCUCAGGUGGAUUUGAAGGGUGCAGAUCCAAUUUGUUUUACCUUAAUGUUGUUGGUAUAGGUACAUUACAGCCAGUUCGAUUGGAUGCAUCAACUGACUAUCAAUAUAUUAAAUUAAUAAAAAUUACUUGUUUUUAAUA